GUCUAAAAGGUAAGACUGGACCCCUGGGCCUUGCUGGUGAAAAAGGAGACCAAGGAGAGACUGGGAAGAAAGGACCUAUGGGACCAGAGGGUGAGAAAGGAGAAGUUGGCCCAGCUGGGCCUCCUGGGCCAAAGGGAGACCGAGGAGAUCAAGGGGACCCAGGCCUGCCUGGAGUGUGCAGAUGUGGAAGCAUUGUGCUCAAAUCUGCCUUUUCAGUUGGCAUCACAACAAGCUACCCAGAAGAAAGGCUACCCAUCAUAUUUAACAAGGUCCUCUUCAAUGAGGGGGAACACUACAACCCCGCCACAGGGAAGUUCAUUUGUGCUUUCCCAGGGAUCUAUUACUUUUCUUAUGAUAUCACAUUGGCCAAUAAGCACCUAGCAAUUGGGCUGGUACACAACGGGCAGUACCGAAUAAGGACCUUUGACGCCAACACGGGGAACCAUGAUGUGGCUUCGGGGUCCACAGUCAUCUACCUGCAGCCAGAAGAUGAAGUCUGGCUGGAAAUCUUCUUCAAUGACCAGAAUGGCCUCUUCUCAGACCCGGGCUGGGCAGACAGUCUAUUCUCUGGAUUUCUCCUCUAUGUUGACACAGAUUACCUAGAUUCUAUAUCAGAAGAUGAUGAUCUGUGA